AAAACCUCGAAGAAGAAGAAGAAGAACCAGACACAAAAUGGCUUCAUCCGCUGUGAUGUCGAAGACCACUGAAAAUAAAGACGGAGGAAACAAGAGGACACCGUGUCCAUUACACGGCUGUAAGCGGGUCUACACAGACGUAAACGCCCUGGAGCUCCACGUUAAGGAGCAUGAGAUGCCUGCUCAGUCUCUACCUGGAAAGGUUUUACUUUGCUCUACUGUUGGCUGCAGUGGAUCCUUCACCAACAUGCAGAAACUAAUGGAGCACAUGAGGCAUCAUCACAAACCCAAUAUAUUCUUCAUGUGUGAGAGUUGUCGCACAAAGUUGAGGUCGUACCGUGGUCUCCUGACGCAUCUGCACACCUGUUCCAAAGUGCCACGGGGUAAAUCAAAGCCAAUGGAAACGGCACCACCUCAGCCUGUGACCAACACAAACAUGGCUGCCGUGUCUAUGGACCAGAAACCCCUGUGUCAGGACUCUGAGUCUAUACCACAACUGCACCCUCAAAUCCCAACACAGUCCUUUCCUGCUGCUGUUCCUCAGCCAGAGUCUUCGGCUGUUCCUCAUCUGGGUCCACCCUACCUGACUCACCCAGAGAGCUUCCCUUAUCCAGAGCUCACAGAGCCCCUUCCCCAGCCUCCCCUUCUGAAUAUGGACAGCCUGUCAGGAGCUCCUGAACCCUCUGAUGCCCUGGGUCAGAACCAGACGCAGAGCAGGUCUCCUGAGUCCACCCACCCUGCAUCAGUAUUAGUUUGUCACUCUCCUCUUUCUUCAGCAAUCUGGAAGAAGAACCAAGGCAUGGCGUGCAACAGACGCAUCCUUUGGGAGCACAGCAGAGGGCGCUACACAUGUGUGCAAUGUGGCCAGACAGCAACAAACCGCAAGGAGAUGACUCAACACAUCAACACACAGCACAGCGGAAGCAGCGCUGCAGAUGAUCCUGGGAUCUCUGCCACUAAUGCUUAGUUACUGUCGCUAAGGACAUGGGACACGAUGCCUCAUCAGUCACAACUGACCAUGACACUGUGUAAAGAGCCUCUUUUUCCCAGGCAAACUACGUUGUACAUUCUGUAACUGUGUUGAGAAAAUUACUUUCCCCACCACUAGAUGGAAGUAGACUUCUUUAUUGAAAAAGGGAAACUGAUUAGAAGUUGUGUUAGCAUCUAUAUGAAAUAAGAUUUGUGUCAAUAUUUGCAAACAACACAUUUUAGGAAGCAAAUAAUUUGUUUAAUCAUUCAAAAAAUAUUAUAUUUUAUUGUUUGAAAAUCCACUUGUUCUGUGUGCGGGCCUCAGGAAGCUGCCUGCUGAAAAUACAUUUAAAAAAUAAUAGAGGUAUCUAAUGUUUAUAAUUUGACAAACGUUAGACAUUUCCAAUUAUUUUGUUGGAGGGAGAAAUCUUGGGGACCUCACAAAGAGCAAGUACAUUUUCAAACAAUAAAAUACAAUAUUUUUCAAUGAAUGGAUAUUUUAUUUGCUUAUGAGUAUGCAACAACGUCAUGGAAAAAAAAUGUUCUUUGUGUUACAUAUUGUGAAGUUAAAAUGUAUUCCUGUAAACAACAUUCAGUGUGACAACAAGGCCCUUUAUCAGUAAUGGGGCAAACAUUGUUAAUGAGUUGCAUUUGAUGAUUAAUAAAGAGCCAUUGAAAAAC